AUGAUUUCAACUAAAUUUACACAAUCAAUGAUCAUUGUCAUUAUCUUUGGAAUGUUAUUCAUUUCAACUGCUUUUGCUGGUGAUUCUAUCAAUGAACAAUGUUUGGGUUGUCUGGAAAUAGCCUAUUCAAGUCAGACUGCUUGUAUCAACAAUGGAAUUGCUUCUAAAAUUUGUGAUGAAUUUUUGGAUGAUGCCCUUGCUCGUUGCUCUGAGGAAACAGAGAUCGAGUUAUUCUCAACAGGGCCGAGUCGUUAUGACAAGACGAUUUUGAAAUAA